CUCGACGGAAGUGAUGCAAGACGCACUGACGUGGCCGGAAACCCGCCAUCUUGAGGGAGGAAACGCCUCGAAGUUGAGGAAACUUGAACUUUUCAGUGGAGUGAAAAAAGCAUCUCUCAAACAUGGGAAACCUAUUUGCAAACCUCUUUAAAGUCUUUGGCAAGAAAGAGAUGCGGAUUCUUAUGGUGGGUCUUGAUGCUGCUGGAAAGACAACGAUUCUGUACAAGCUGAAGCUGGGAGAAAUUGUUACCACCAUCCCAACAAUCGGCUUUAACGUUGAAACUGUGGAGUACAAGAAUAUAAGUUUCACGGUUUGGGAUGUCGGUGGUCAAGAUAAGAUUCGACCAUUGUGGCGUCAUUAUUUCCAGAACACACAAGGUCUGAUCUUUGUGGUUGACAGCAAUGACAGAGAGCGUGUGAAUGAAGCGCGAGAGGAGCUGAUGAGAAUGUUGGCCGAGGACGAGCUCAGGGAAGCAGUCUUGCUUGUGUUUGCCAACAAACAGGAUCUACCGAACGCCAUGAACGCUGCGGAAAUCACCGACAAGCUGGGGCUGCAUUCGCUCCGGCACAGGAAUUGGUACAUUCAGGCCACAUGCGCCACGAGCGGCGACGGCCUCUACGAAGGACUCGAUUGGUUGUCCAACCAACUGAAAAACCACAAAUAAUGACCUCACUUUUCUGCUCUUCCUUAGUUUCAUAUUCUCAACACUCGCUUUACUCUUGUUUUUAAACCGACGGUGCUGGAAGCUGCGCUCGUUUCAAAUACGGCGAGAAAGUGUCACUCACUUUAAUGUAAAUAGUUUUUUGUUGUGAGGCAGCUUUUUGACCACCAUUAUGCAAACUAGAUUUAGUCCUUAAUUGUUUUGUUUUCCUCCCCACAUUCUUUCUGUGUGAGUCAUUGGAACGAGUUUGAAGAACGUCAGUCCUGUAAACUCUGUCAGGUCUCAUUUGAAUCUUGCACAUGUAUUAUUUUAUUGUGCUUAUAAUAAGACUCUCUUUUAGAUGUACUGUAAACAAAACUGUAUUUUUUUUGUCUUGAACUGAGUAAAGGAAAUCAAACGUUACGGACACUACCUGCACAUAUUACGGUUCAAUUUGGAGGGAGAGAAACCAAAAAUCGAUUACACCGAGGCUGACGUGACCUCCAGCUUUUAGAAGCCACAGAGGAGGGAUGCUUUUAAAUCUAGUCAGCUACACAAACAUUCAGAUUAUUAUUUGUAUUUUUUUAAUCAGAUUAAUCCCAAUACACAGCAUACGUUUUUGUGAAUGUGGAUGAAAAGUUGUUGCGGCUCAGGUUAACAAAGGUUCAAAUGUUCAGGCGCGUUACAGUAAGGGGAUUGGAGUUUGGUCAUAAAAAAAAAAUAAUGCAACAAUAUCUGUUUUCCAAAAAUAGGCUUUGUUUUCGUUUUGCUAAAUAUUACAAUUAUAUAUUUAUGGUGGGUUAUAAUGCACUUGGACAUAUUUUUGGAGAUUCACCCUUAAGAUAAACUGAACCCUUAAUUUAAAGAAAUUUCCUGUUGUUUUGACACUCUGUUUAAGUGUUACUUUCAACUUCAUGUUCUAGAUUUAAGUGUGUUAUGAACUCAAUAUCUAACCAGCACAAGGAAUAAACAACACCGACCUCAUCUUAGCACAUGAUAACUUAAUAUCUAACAAAGUAGUAAUGCAUUUUUAGGACGUAAAACAGUUAUAAGAAUGCUAUGACAUGUUUUCUGUUUUGCAUGUAGAAGUGAUUUUCUCCCAGAAGCCCUGGUGCCUUUACAGUCCACAGAGACACCGGUUUGAGAUUAACAACCGUCACGUCAAUCACAUAGUCACUGUUAAUGCAAUGUUAGAACUGAUGGUUUAAAAGCCACUUUAUUAUUUCUCUUUUAUUCUCUCUCUUCUCAAUUAACCUCUGAUUUGGUAGACACUGAUUACUUGGGGUCAAAACUAUGUGAAUCUCAUAGCAAAAUGUUGUAUAGUGUGACUCUUAACCAAUGUCUUUUUUUAUUGUUUUUCAUUUUGACAGAAAUGCACUGUAAUUAAAGAUAUUAGUAUAACUGGA